UACUCCAAAUCCACUGGAAGAUCAGAGGCUUCCAGCUCAGAAGUGACCCACAGUUUUCAAAACAGUUUGCACUUGUGUGUUACUGACGCAGGAGGAAAACAUGGUGAGCAGAUUUGAACAUCCGGCUGGUAGCUACAAGAAAAUCUUUGAGACAUGUGAGGAACUUGCUGAACCUCUGCCAACAACAGUCACAGGUAGAAUUCCUUCAUUUCUGAAGGGAAGUCUUCUCCGUUUGGGACCUGGACUCUUUGAGGUUGGAGAUGAACCCUUCUAUCACCUCUUUGACGGACAGGCCCUCAUGCACAAAUUCGACUUCAAGAACGGCCAAGUCACUUACUACAGGAAGUUUGUUCGAACAGAUGCGUACGUCCGAGCCAUCACAGAAAAACGUGUGGUUAUCACUGAGUUUGGGACAUUUGCCUACCCAGAUCCCUGCAAGAAUAUCUUCUCCAGAUUUUUCUCCUAUUUUAAAGGAGUUGAAGUCACAGAUAACUGCCUGGUUAAUGUCUACCCUAUAGGAGAGGAUUUCUAUGCCGUGACAGAAACCAACUACAUCACUAAAGUGAACACUGAUACUUUGGAGACUCUGAAGAAGGUUGACAUGUGCAACUUCGUAAACAUUAAUGGCAUCACAGCUCACCCCCAUAUUGAGCAAGAUGGUACUGUAUACAACAUUGGAAACUGCAUGGGAAAAGGUGCAACACUGGCCUACAACAUCGUGAGGAUUCCUCCCACGCAGAAAGAUAAGUCAGACCCUAUUGAGAAGUCCAAAGUGGUGGUUCAGUUUCCCAGUGCUGAGAGGUUCAAGCCAUCUUAUGUGCACAGCUUUGGCAUGUCAGAAAACUACUUUGUCUUCGUUGAGACUCCAGUGAAGAUCAACCUGCUGAAGUUCCUCAGUGCCUGGAGCAUCCGAGGUUCCAACUACAUGGAUUGCUUCGAGUCUAAUGAAAGCCAAGGAACCAUUUUCCAUGUUGCCAAGAAAGACCCUGGAGAGUACAUCGACCUGAAGUUCAAAGGAGCACCGAUUGGCAUGUUCCACCACAUCAACACCUAUGAGGAUCAAGGAUUCAUUGUUGUUGACCUUUGCUCAUGGAAAGGAUUUGAGUUUGUUUACAACUACUUGUGGCUGGCCAACCUGAGAGCCAACUGGGAGGAGGUGAAGAAGGCAGCCAUGAUGGCGCCCCAGCCAGAGGUGCGGCGAUAUGUCAUCCCUCUGGAUGUCCACAAGGAGGAGCAGGGGAAGAAUCUCGUGAGUCUGCCGUACACCACAGCCACAGCAGUCAUGCAUGCUGAUGGGAUGAUCUGGCUGGAGCCUGAAGUGCUCUUCUCUGGACCUCGCCAAGCCUUUGAGUUUCCACAGAUUAAUUACCAAAAGUAUGGAGGAAAGAAUUACUCAUACGCCUAUGGCCUUGGACUCAACCAUUUCAUACCAGACAGGAUCUGCAAGCUGAAUGUGAGGACCAAGGAGACUUGGGUUUGGCAAGAGCCCGAGUCGUACCCCUCAGAGCCCUUGUUUGUCCAGACUCCAGAUGGGGUAGAUGAAGAUGAUGGUGUCCUCCUUACCAUUGUGGCAGCUCCUGGUUCCCAGAGGCCAGCAUACAUGCUCAUUCUAAAUGCCAAGGAUCUGUCAGAGAUCGCAAGAGCAGAAGUGGAGUGCUCCAUUCCCGUCACCUUUCACGGGAUGUACAAACAGUGAUGAUCCAGUCCAGUUGCAUAAAGUACCACUCAGGAUCUGAAACAAUGAUGACAAUAAAAAGCACCUCCAUGCCAGCAUGAGGAGUCAUUUUUAGAGAGAAAAUGAUUUUUGUUGCUUUGUAGUUCAAGUACAAAUUACUAAGGGGAUCAUAUUAUUAUGAAUCUGAAGAAAUGUCUUAAGAAAAGAACUGACUGUUUCGAAAAUAUGCACAACUUUAAGUAAAUAACA